CGGACAGGAUUAAUAACGAUAUUAUUACAAUGGCAACAGUAUAGCGUUGUUGUUGUCGUUGUCGUAGUAGUAGUAGUAGUAGUAGUAGUAGUAGUAGUAGUAGUAGUAGUAUAGUAGUAGUAGUAGUAGUAGUAGUAGUAGUAGUAGUAGUAGUAGUGUAGUAGUAGUAGUGUAGUAGUGUAGUAGUAGUAGUGUAGUAGUAGUAGUGUAGUAGUAGUAGUAGUAGUAGUAGUAGUAGUAGUAGUAGUUGUAGUAGUAGUAGUGUAGUGGACGGUAGUAGUAGUCACGACGACGAGUGUACGGACGCGUUUUACAAACGGCUACUUGCGUGACGGCGGAGCAGCUAACGGGGUCGCCGCCGACCGACGACGGUCCAUCGCCAAGCAGUGUCCGGUACAGUGGGAAUCGCACAGUUUUGUUGUGUUGCUUUUUUUUUUUUUUCCAUUAAUCCCCUCUCUCACUCUCUCGUUUGUUUUGUUAUCGUUUCUGUCACGGUUUCCUGUCACUCCGUGUCACCCGCGACAGCGGUACAACUACAGUCACAGUAGCCGCGAAUCCUCUACAAUCGCGACAGCGUUUGACCGACGGGAUCGCUUAACCGGUUGAUCGGCGGCGUCGCGACGGUCGGGGGCUUGCGAUAACACCGUAGUCGUCGCUCUCGCGGUAGACGGCGCUGACAACGCUGUUCGCCGCCGCCGCCGCCGCUGUCGUUGUCGUCGUCGUUCGUUUCGCACCCAGUUGUUCCCGAUUUCCCCGUAGGUAUACAGUAGAGAUUAUACAUUCGUUCACGGCGUCCGUCCGCCGUCGACGUGUGUGUGUGUGUGUGUGUGUGUGUGUGUGUGUGUGUGUGUGUGUGUGUGUGUGUGUACGUGUGCGCGCGUAUGCGUAUGUGUUUCCAUCGUCAGUCUACGCGCGCGUCAGCGAGUGCGCGACGUCAGUUGUUUGCUACUGCGUAUGUGCGCUAGUUUCCGUCCUAGUUACGGGUUUUUUUUUUUGUUUUGUUUUUUUUGUUUUUUUUGUUUUUUUUCCCUAGAGCAGUGGUCGAUCGCUGUUCCCCCGGCCGUGCGUCGCACUUGCCACUUUACGCUGGCGACUCGACGUCCCGUCGGCCGUUCGCUCGGGCUCCCCUUUAUUUCUUCCCCGACGGUCUUUUAUCACUCGACCCAAUUUUCGUUCGUUGACAUGGUCGUGAUCGCCGCCGCCCGGCCCCGGUGUCCCGCGUUCGAAAGCUCUACGACCGCGGUCCGCGCAGCGACCGAUGAUACACCACUGGUUGCUGGCCGGACGACCACCGUCGCAGCGUUUUAGACGAUAAUAUUGUAAUAUUGCCGACGGCCUUAUUACCGUCGGUCGACACGCCGGUGUGCUUACGUCUCAAAACGCAGCAUGAUGAACAACGGUUUGCCGAAGAAACGCACAAACCUGCGCAUCAAAGCGUUUCCGGUGAGUAGCACCCGAUCCGUUAACAAUCGCUUUCUGAAUUCUUACUCGCUCCCGUCCGUCUUCUUCGCCCAGGUACCUAAGUUGGUUUCGUCCGUCGCCGGCGCGUACGUGCAAUUUACUACUAUUUAUCUACUACUACUACGUUGUGUAACGCGCUGUACCUAUUGAUUGUCGUGUUUCCGUCCACGGCAAUGUCGCAGGACAUUUUCUGUCGUCGACCACUGUGAUCUGCAGUGAUUCACUACGUAGACGCGUUAUUACACGACUGGGAUGAAACUAGAAGAGAGAAACAAAAAAAAAAAAAAAAAAAAAAAAAACGAAAAAAACAUUGCAUAAUUGGUAUUCGGUGGGGGGCGGGAGGUGUAAGUACAUAUUUAGAAAUCAAUAAUUGCCUCGGGUCAUUGGUUAUACUAGAUAAUAGAGCGUACACGUUGUAUAUAAAUCCCCGAGAUAUUUUGAAAUUCUUGUAGUUUUAAUCCUGCUGUUACUCAGUAUUGUCGGUGCCAUAAAAUCCGAGUGUGAAGACAUCGGCCACAGCACCCGUCCAACAAUGUUGUUCGUAGCGUUUGUAUAAUCAGUACCCAGUAUGAAUUUAUUGAAAAGAAAAAACCAUUUGGAUAUUCACAUUUGUUUAAUCUAUGUAACAGUAGGUAUGGUAACUUUAAUAAAUCCGUUUUUGCAUUAAUCCUUAGUAAUUUUUACCUUCUACCUUGAUACCUACCUAUAAUUAUUAUAAUUAUUUUAUUGAUCGCUAGUAAAUAAAUUAAUCAGAAAAUUAAAAUUUUAAACGUACGUUGUAAGAUACAAUAUAGGUACCUACAUUCAACAUUUUUUUUUUUUUUUUAUUAUUAUUUAGCAUCCCUCUUUUUAAUAGUUGUAUUUAAAUGUUUGCUGUCCAAACUGUAAGUUAGAACGUUAUCAAAUUAGACAUGUUUAAAUUUUAAUGUUCAAUGAUCACCAUUUAAGCGCUCGGGUAUUUUUUCGUUGCGAUACAUUUAACUGUUAUGUUUAUUACAUAACAAUUAUAUACCUAUUAUUUAAAUUUUCAAUAAAAUUAGAUCAUUGGUACCUAGUAUUUUGUUACCUAAUGCUUUGAUAAGUGCAUUGUGUUUCCGUAAGUAGGUACACAAGUUUGUAUUAAUAAUAAACGUUAUUAGUUACUUUACAUGUAGCCUGUACACUUUUUUGCAAUAUUAUCACAACACUUACCUAUCAUUUUAUACUUAUAGAAGUCACAGUGAAAACCUAAGCAAGUACUUUAGUAGAUAAUACUUGAAAUUUACAAGAGUUUACUUAAUGUUUUUAGUCGUAUUAGCACGUGCCUAUCAGUAGGUUACUGUAGACAAGUAGUAUUCCGAAUAUUUUUAAAGUACUUUUCUGAAUAUUUAAAAAAAAAUUUUUUUUUUUUUGAAAGUAUUCAAUAGUGUAUUCUGUAUAGUUUUGAAAAUUGUUUUAUUCCUUAUGAAAAAAAAAAAAAAAUGUAAUUUUAGUUUUUAAAUUGGAUGUUCAAUGCUUAACAAUAAGUUAUGUUUCUUUUCCUAUUGGAUAUUUAUUUAUUUAUUGAAAUAAACAUCAAAGUUGGUUUAAGUGCAGUAUAAUAUAUAUAUAUAUAUUAAAAUAAUAACAUAAUUAAUGUAAUAACAUAUACUAUAACUGUAUACCACUUUUUGUUAGUAAAAAUAAUUCAAUUAUUUCACGUAUUAAUUUAACAGAUUUGAAGUAUAAUAAAUAAGACAGAUGAAUUCUAAUAAUUGCAUAUUUAUUUUGCUCAGUCGUAAAAUAAGGCCAGUUUGAAAGAAAUUAAUUUAAUGUUACAACAACUUAAGAGCCAAAUCUAUAAUUUUAUAUUGCUUAUUUAGGUUUUUCCUAAUGCUUUGUGGGGACUUUUUCAGAUUUCUUUUUCACAAUUUCUUAAGAAAUAAUACUUAUCAAAAUGGAGAUUAUUAAUAAAAGCAUAAAUUAUUUAUUUAAAAUGUUAUUUUUUAGUGUCUGAAGAAGAAAUGUCUAAAUAGGUGUGUAUAAAAAGCAAUCAAUGCAAGGUAUUUCUAAUUUUGGCAAUUGUAUUAUUGGGUAAUUGUUUUUCUUAUUUUAGAUGGUUUUAAAUAAUUCAUAUUUUUUAAUUUUUAUCUAAAAAAAAUUUGAAAACUUAUUUUUAGUGCUUAUUUUUGGGUUUUUAAGUGUAUAAGUGCUAACUUAUUUUCUAUUUUUUUAGAGCUACAUGUCUCCUGCCCUAAUAAUAAAUAAUCAUGUUACUUAUCAUAUAGGUAAAUCUUUAGUUGCUUUAAGUCAUCCAAAAAUAGUAUUAUAUUUUUCAAGAUCCUGAGCAUAGUUAGGAAUGAUUGGUUUACCAGCAUGUGUGUUUGCUAACAACUUUUAUACCAGAAAUAUUGCUCCAAUUGAAAACAUGAUGAGAACUAUUUUGUAGCAUUUUGGAUUUAGUUGGCGCUAAGAAAAACGAUUAUUUUGUUUUCCAAGCAGUUUUAAUAAUAAUUGAGAAAAAAACUAACAAAUUAACCGUGUUUUCGAUUUCAGUAUUAUAAUUUUGUUUUUGAUUCCAGAAAUCUUCUCUGAAAUUUCGAGAGUUCACUUCUGAAAGAAAAUUUAAUCUAGUUGGUGCAUUUGGAAUCCGAAUAUUUUUCACAAAGUAUUCAGAAUAUUUUGAAAAUACUAUUAUUGUGAUGUAUAUAUUUAAAUAUUAUUUUUUGUAUGUAGUCAUUUUUAUUCUGAAUACUUUAAAACUUUUUAUAAUUAGGUAAAUAAUUUUCAGUUUCAAAAGCUUGUGAUGUAGGUUGUAGUAUUAUUAUUAGUAAUAUUUUAAAUGUUGUGUUAAGAUCAAUUUCUAAUAAAGAAAUUAAAAUGUUUAAAUAUAUCAUGGUGAUUUUUGUGUGUUCAGGAAAUAAAUGUCUAUUUAAAAAACACUAGUAAAAGUAGAAUUUUUUUAUUGGAAUAAUAAGUAAAUAUUAAAAAAAUAAUCAAUUCAUUUUUUAAUCAGAUAUAAAUAUUUGAAUAAUUCUGAUAGCCCCAUUCUACAGUAAAUAUUGAUCACUAGCUGAAUAUCUUUGUUACUGUCUAUAAUAUAUUUCAAAAUCAAUUAAACUCCAUUAUAAUUGAAAUUCUAAUUUUAUUGGUAUGCCAUGCGAUAAUUAAUACAAAUAGCAAAUGGAAAUAAAACCAUAAGUCCUAAUAAGAUAUUUAAAGUAACACCCGAUAACAACUUUUAUUAAUGGAACCAAUAAAUAUGUUUGCAACAAAAAUAUAUGUUAAAACUACUGUAUAUGUUUGAUUUUUUUUCAGAUGACUAUGGAUGAGAAAUUGAUUGACAGUAUUUGGGUGUUAUUGAAAAAUGCCAUUCAGGAAAUUCAAAAGAAAAACAAUUCUGGUCUUAGUUUUGAGGAAUUGUAUCGAAAUGCUUAUACCAUGGUAUUAUUGAAACACGGUGAAAAGUUGUAUACUGGCAUGAAAGAUGCUGUAAUAAAUCAUUUAGAGAACAAGGUAGCCACACGCAUAUGAAUUUAUAUUUUUUUGUCAAAUUUAAAAUAUUAUAUUUAAUAUUAUUUAUAGGUUAGAGAAGAUGUUUUAAAAGCCUUAAAUAAUAAUUUUUUACAAGUACUCAAUAUUGCCUGGAAUGAUCACCAAACUUCAAUGGUUAUGAUACGUGAUAUACUGAUGUACAUGGAUCGAGUUUAUGUUAAACAUAAUGAAGUGGAUAAUGUUUAUAACUUGGGUCUCAUUUUGUUUCGUGAUUUAGUAAGUUAAUUAAAUAUAAUUAUAUACAGGGUGUCGCAUAUACCCAUUAUUGUAAUAGUUCUGGAGAUAAUAAGGAUAAGGACCUUACAAAUAUUUAUAUUGCAAUUAAUUUUUUAUGCUAUGAUAAAAAUCUUAAAAAAAAAACUUUAUCUUAUUAUUUUUGAAAAAUCACAUUCUCUAAUUGAUUAUUAUUAUUAUUUUGAUUAAUUGACUGUAUACUACUUUUUUCUGAAUUUAAAAAAUUCUUAUUAAAUAUCAAGAAUUUAACGAAAAUAAAAAGUUGAUACAACAAAAUUUUCAGAAGAAUAAAUUCUAUCGGAAUAAUUUCACGGCUAUCUUUAAAUUUUUCAAAAAUAAUAAAAUAGUUAUUUUUUAAAUUUUUUAUGAAAACAUUAAAAUGAAUUGCAAUAUAAAUAUUUGUAGUCCUUAUUCCUGUCUACAUUUUAUUUUCAAAUGGCAAUCUAUAUUAAAAAUUCCAUAUAUUGAUGAAGUAUUGUUAAAAUAAAUUUUGGUGUUAAAAUGUUGGAUUUCUGUCAAUCUGUUGAUUCUACUUUUAAGUUAAGGUUAGUAGAUAGUAAUGGUACUUCAUUUAUGUGACAGUAUUUUAAUAUACACUACUACUAUCCACCCAAGCUUAAAGUGGAAUCAAUAGAUUGAAAUCCAACAUUUCAUCACCAAUAUUUAUUUCAACUAAUAUUUCAUUAAUUAUUAAGGGAUUUUUUAAUAUAACUUGUCAUUUGAAAAUAGCAGGUAGUAGUGUUUUAUCCCCAUAAAAAAAGGGUGACAAAAAAUAACAUAAAUGUAAAGUUGUAGAGCUACUUGUUCCUAAAAUGUGUUCUAUAAAACAAAUUCUGAAAAAAGUUAGUGCUUUCGGAGAUGAUAAGUGUCUUAUGAUAGAUUGAACAUUAUGUAUAAUAUUUAACUGUACUAUUAUUAUUUGUAUUAUUUUACAUAUAUUCUAUAUGCUUUUGAAUGUAUACAUCUGUAAUAAAAUACUCUUUUGAUCUUUAGAUUGUUCGGUAUGGCUAUAUUCGGGAUCACCUUCGUAUAACACUGUUAAAUUUGAUAAAACUUGAAAGGAGAGGUGAAGUUAUUGAUCGCAUAUCUAUUAAAAAUGCUUGUCAAAUGUUAAUGAUUCUUGGAAUUACGGGUCGUAUUGUUUAUGAAGAAGACUUUGAGAAGCCAUUUUUGGAACAAUCAGCAGAGUUUUAUAAAGUAUAUUUUAUUUACAAUUAAUGAAAUGAUUAUUAAACUUAACUAUAAUAUCUAUUUUUUUUUUUUUUGCAGAUGGAAAGUCAAAAGUUUCUAUGUGAAAACAGUGCAUGCAUUUACAUAAGAAAAGUUGAAUCUAGGAUUAUAGAAGAAGCGGAUCGAGCCAAACAUUACCUGGAUGAGUCAACUGAAUGCCGUAUUGUAGAGGUUAUUGAAGAAGAACUAAUUAAAAGGAAUAUGAAAACAAUUGUUGAGGUUAAUACAAUUACAACAUUAAUGUAUACAAUAAAUAUAAUUUUACUAAUAUAUGGUUUUUAUAGAUGGAAAAUUCUGGUGUUGUACACAUGUUAAAACAUAAUAAAAUUGAUGAUUUAUCUUGUAUGUACAAGUUAUUAAAUCGUGUCUCUGAUGGUUUAAGAACUAUGUCCGAUUGUGUUAGUAACUAUUUACGUGAAUUGGGAAAAUCACUUGUACAAGAAGAAGAUAUGAAUAAUAAUGCAGUUAGCUAUAUUCAAGUAAUUUAUUUUAAUUAACAAUAAUCAAAAAUAUUUGCAAUUUUUUUUCUAGAAAUAAAUUUAUAUUUAUUAUAUAUAUAUAUAUGUAUAUAUACUAUCUAAUAAUUGUAAAAAUAUCUUGCUAUUUUAUUUAAUAAAAAUACAGUAUUAUUAUUGUUAUUCAUAUUUCUUUAAACUUAUGUAUUUAUAUUUCAGAGUUUACUGGAUUUGAAAGAUAGAUUCAAUUUUUUCUUGAUUAAUUCAUUUAACAAUGAUAAGAUGUUUAAACAAAUGAUGGCUGCUGAUUUUGAAUAUUUUUUCAACCUGAAUUCUAAAUCUCCUGAAUAUUUAUCUUUAUACAUUGAUGAAAAAUUAAAAAAAGGAGUGCGUGGGGUAAUAAUAAUUAAAAUUUCUUUUAUUUAAGUGUUAAUAAAUUAUUGUACUUUUACAUAUUUGGAUUGUGGGUGUUUUUCAUUUAUAAACAUUUCUGUUUACUGAUUCUAGUUAAGUGAAAAUGUAUUAUAUGAUUUAAUUAUAGCUAAUUUGAGUAUUAAAAAAUAACCAUAUGUUGGCUGUCUAUUAGUAUAUGAUAUUGAAUGAAAAAUUCAUGUAGUUAUCAAAUUUUAUUUUUAAGUAAACAUAAUGGAAAAUAUUUUUGUUAAAGUUAUUUUGGAUUAAAAAGAUAAAAUUGUUCUGUUUUAUUGCAAAAUAAAUCUACUUUUUAAAAAACUUAACAUAUCUAUAAAUAGUAGAAAUGAUACACUCUUUUACAUCAAUUUUAAUUUGCUAAAUAUUUAUAUUGAAAUUUUAUAAAAUGAAAGAAAUAAAUAAAUAAUUAAUUAAAAAUUGAAUACCACAUCAUGUUUUAAAAUAUUCAAAACCUUAAAAUGGCAAACUAGAUUUUAAGCACACAGUUAGCUCUCAAUGAAUCAUCAAAAUUAUUUAGAAAUUUAAAUUUAUUUAUUUUUCUUAACCUUUGCUAGGUAAUAAUUAGUGAAUAUCUAAUUUAAUUACAAGAUAAUAAUCUUUAUUCUUUAAAAAUGUAAAACAUGCUAAUAAUCAUCUUUAUAAAAAAUACAUACAAAUUACUAUUCCAUUUAUUAUUAUUAUUAUUUUUUUCAUUAUUUAAACAUUUCAAUUUCUGGUUAACUAAAAUAUUUCUUUUAGAUUUUGGAUAAAUUUGAUUGUUUAUUUUUUAUAUCUAUUCUAUAUUGGGAUUUUGAUAUUUUUAAUUUAUUUGGUUUUGUGUUUGGUUGAGGUGUACAGCUUUGACUUAAAUAAAUGACUAUAUUGAAUGCUUUUAUAAACUAAUCAAAUUAUUGAUAUUUCAGUUAACUGAAAAUGAUAUAGAAAUCGUUUUAGACAAAUCAAUGGUCAUUUUUCGGUUUCUUCAAGAAAAAGAUGUAUUUGAAAGGUAUUAUAAACAGCAUUUAGCCAAGAGAUUACUUUUAAAUAAAUCUGUCAGCAAUGACAAUGAAAAGAAUAUGAUCUCAAAACUUAAGGUAAUUUUUAUUAUUUGUAAUAUAAUUCAACAAAUAUAACUUAAAUAAUACUAUAGACUGAGUGUGGCUGUCAAUUCACUUCAAAACUGGAAGGCAUGUUUAAAGAUAUGUCUAUAUCUAACACCCUUAUGGAAGAAUUUAAGGAAUAUGCUGUUAGAUCUAACUGUGUAAGUAUUUAAUUAUUUGUAUUACAAUAAAUUACUCAUCUUAGAUGUCUUUAAAUAAAAUUAUUUUAAUUUAAUUUUUGUAGCCAUUCUUACACUUUUUGGAUCUUACCGUGAGAGUUUUGACUACAGGAUUCUGGCCUACCCAUUCUUUAUCCAAGUGUAAUAUACCAUCAGUUCCUAGAAGUGCUUUCGAUGAAUUCAAACUGUAAUUAUUAUUUCUUAAUUUACAUAAUAUUUGAAUUAUAAUUCAAGUUUAUAAUUGAACCUUUAUUAUUAAAUAGAUAAAAAUAAAAAUGAUUUAUUGACUCCAGCUCACAAUAGGUGUGUUUUGGGGAUUAACCUGGUUGUAUUUUUAAUCAGACAUGGUUAGUGAUUAAACAUUUCUAAAAAUGAUAUGUUUAUAAUUAUUAAAAAUAAUGUUAAUUGUUAAUAGACAUUUAAAGCAUUUAUACUUUUUACUGUGUUUAAAGGAUAGAGGUAAGUUUAAAGUUUACCUAUUAUCCUGAAUUAUUAAUGUAUACCGGAAAUAGCAUUAUUUAAUCUGCUGUAGCUGUUAAAACAAUUAGAUACUAAACAUUUAUGGUUAUAUUAUAAUUUGAAAAAAAAAAAUAAUUUUCAAUGGAGUAAGUUAAUUAUUGCAUAAACAUUAUCAUUAGAAUAAAUUUUCUGUCUACUCAUCAAAACAAAAUUUAAAAAUGUCCCCACUUGAUCUAAAAUUAUAAAAUAGGAUUAUUCAAAAACUAAGAUGAAUUUUAAACAUACAAAAAAAAAGUACCGGUUAUAAUGUAUCUAUAUUCAUUGUUUUAUCAAUAGCCAACCAUCAUAACUAUUAUUUUUACUAGGUUAUGAUAUUUCAGUAACCAAUGAUUUGUUUAUAAAAUGCAAUAACCCUGUUACCAUUUGGUUAUUCCUUAAAACACCCCUAAUACUAUAUUUAUAAUUUUUUUAUUAACUAUAAUGCUAGUUACAUUUGUAUAGUCUUAUUUAUAUAAGAUAUAUAUUAUAUAUUUUGAAAUAUAACAAAAACAAAUGUUUUUCUUUUAUAAUAUUAUCUAGUAAUUUACAUACAGUUUAAAUAUUAGAUAUAUUACAAGUUGCAUAAAUAUUCUUAUAUUUUUUAAAUAUAAAGAUUUUACUUGAGUAAACACAAUGGACGACAAUUAACAUUGCAACCUCAACUUGGGUCAGCUGAUUUGAAUGCUGUAUUCUAUGGUACUGGACGGUCAGAUAUGGAAAUGUCAAAGCAUGUUUUAGGGGACCAAUUGCGUGGUAGAAAUACUAAUCGUCAAUUGGAGCGAAAACACAUAAUUCAAGUAUCUACUUAUCAGAUGUGUGUGCUUUUGUUGUUUAACACACGAGAUAAAUUAACUUUUGAAGUAAUUUAUUUUUAAAAAUGCAUUCAAUAAUGUAUUGUGUUUUAAUAAUAUUAUUUAUUAUUUGGUCAUGUGUUACAUUUCAGGAUAUUUUAAGUGAAACUGAUAUUCCCGAAAAAGAUUUAAUUAGAGCUUUGCAAUCCUUAGCAUUGGGAAAACCCUCACAGCGUAUACUUUUAAAAACUCCAAAGUGUAAAGAAAUUGAGUUGAAUCAUGAAUUUUGUGUAAAUGAGAUGUUUUCAUCCAAAUUGUAUAGGUUAGUGAUAACAUAAUAUGAUUCAUUAUGUAUGUACUAUACUUAUGAAACCAUAUUAACUGAAAUUAAAAUGUAUUAAUUUUAGGGUAAAAAUUCAAACUGUGGCAGCUAAAGGUGAAACAGAACCAGAAAGAAAAGAAACUAGAAGUAAAGUAGAUGAGGAUCGUAAACACGAAAUUGAAGCUGCUAUUGUACGUGUUAUGAAAUCUCGGAAAAAGAUGACUGUGAGUAAAAAACAUCUAUUAAUAUUUCUACACAUGAUAUUUAUACUAUGACAUACAUUCAAUUCUUUAGCACAAUACCCUUGUAUCAGAGGUUAUUGAUCAACUUAAAGUGAGAUUCUUACCUUCCCCAGUCAUCAUCAAGAAGCGAAUUGAAGGAUUAAUUGAAAGAGAAUAUCUCUCAAGGUCCUUAGAAGAUAGACGAACUUACAUUUAUGUUGCUUAAAAUGUAUUUAAAUAAAUAUAUAUUUUAAUAUGUGUAUAAAGAAAGUCUUCCUAUGUUUGUGAGAUUUACAAAGUUAAAUACAUUGAAUUAGGUGGACAUUGUUCCUAUUUCUAUAAAAAAACAAAAAAAAUCAAGAAUAAAUGUACUAAGUAUAAAGUCAUUUUAUAAUCUAAGUGCAAUUUGUUAUUCAAAUAUUCUAUAAGGUUAGAAUAUUAUUUAAAUAAGUAUUAUUAAAAUUGUAAAAAAACAUAGGUGCUACAUUGUAAAAAAUAAUAAAAUGUAUUCUUUAUUACAUGUUUAAAGAGAUGUGACAAUGAUUAGUAACUGAUCAUUAUCAACUUUUGAUGUUGGUAUUCUAUUUUAAACUCCCUUUAGGUUUGUAUUUUAAGUAUAUAUAAUGCAUAAUGUAUUUGUUCUCAAUGUAAAUAUGUAAUCAUCAAACUAACUCGAAUUGUCGUUUAUUUCGGGACAAUCUUUACUACACUAUAUAUUAAAUUAAUAAUAUGUGUUCUUUUCAAGCUUAAUUAUAACUUAUAAAGUAUAACCAAUAAUAAUAAUCCCCCUAUAAUUAAGAUUUUUUUGCAUUAUAAAAUAAUUAUUAAGUACUUAUUCUAUUUUAUAUUACCAUAUUACGACCAUACCUAUAUUUCAUAUAAUUUGAACCCAAUUUAUAUCUAAUCAUCGUUUAUUUUUGGUGUUCAUUUUAUACAUAUUUUAUAGUACAGUAAAAAUUGGUUAUAGUGACAUCAUUAUAAUAACCUUUAGACUAUAUAUAAAAAAAAAUUGUUAUAAUUUAUACUAACAUUUAUUUAUUAUAUAUUUAUAUCAUUUAUGUAAUUUGUACCUUUAAGUAAUAUGUAUAAUAAUAAUAAUAGUUUAUGAAUUAUGCAAUCUCAUCUAGCUAUUAAAUUUAUAAAAUUUAUGUAAUUUAAGUACAUAUUAUUAUAAAUAUCUUGAGUGUUUCACUAAUCAUUGAUUUAUUUCAAAGAAAAGAUUAUUUUGAUUAAUAAUCUACUAUUGAUGUUAUUUUAAAAUGAAAAUAUAGCUUUGUAUUAAAUUAAAUAAUCAUUGUCAUGCAAACAUUAUCUCUAAAUAUUACAAUAAGUGUGAUGAUAAACUAAGUUCUAGAGAACAUUUUUUUUAUUAUUAGUAAAUGGAACAGUAGAUAAUAGUGUUAAGUGUUUAGUUUUAUAAUAAUAAAAAUCAAGUAUAAAACAAACUUGUAGAAACUAAAAUAAUUUUUACCUUUUUUUAAUGUAAUUUGUAAUAUUUUUCCACAAUAUGUAUUAUAAUAAUUGAUUUUUAUUGUACUUACUUAAGCCACAAUUUGCAAUGUCUCCAAAAUACCUAAAUUAUUAGGUAGGUAUUUAUUUUUAUUUUUAUUUUUUUAUGUAUAUAUAGGAUGUUCUACUAGUUCUAGUUUUAUAUCUCUGUAGUUAGAUUUUCUUCUGAUAUAUAGGGAAAAAUUUAAUUUAUAUUAUCACUUCUUAAACACUAGAUAAAUAUGUAUAACAAUUUAUUCACUUUUUUUAAUUUUACACAUAACAAAUGUGCAUUAGAUAUUCUAAACAUUUUAACUAAACUUGCAUACAUAUCCAAUUAAUAGUUCCUUAGUAAUAGCUUUAAUUUCUAGAGAAGGGAUGUAAAAAAAUAUUCAAAAGACUACCACAUUGUGUGGUAGGGAAUAACAAUCAUAACUGUCAACUGAUAACUAUUUGUAAAUUAAGCUUGUUCUCAUUUUAUUUUGUACCACUAUAUGACAAUACAACUAUUGUGUUAGAAUUUUAAACUCGCUAUUACUAAAAAACUUGAUCAAAUACAAAUUGUUGGUACAUUAAAAUUAUUAGAAUAAUAUAUUUUACAAGAUAAAUAUUUUAAGAAAUUAAUAAAUAGGUUUUUUUUUUUUUUUGGUUAGGAAGUGAAAAUAAUAAAAAUUAAAUUUCAUUUAAGGGACACAUGUAUGGAUAAAUAUGUGUCCCUUAACACAAAAACUGAUAAGAAAAUCCCAAAAUUUAAUACUUGCAGAGGUAUGAAAAUAGAACACAGUAGGACAUAUAUAUAUAUAUAAAUAUAACAAUUAAUUUAAUUUUGUUAAUCUCAGCAAAUCUUAAAUUUUAAAACCUCGAAAAUUGUCUAAGCUUCAUUUGGGCAAAAAGGCAAUUUUCUUUUUUGCUUCCAGUUAUUUCGUAUAUUAAUUUAGAAUUUUUGUUUAAAUGUUCAAAUGUUUAAAUGUUUAAAUUGUAUGCAGUAUUAUCAUUUGGUUGCUUAAGAUGGAUUUUUGUUUAAAUUAUAAUUUGUGUAAGCAGUUUAAGCCUAAAAAUAUUGAUAAUUUAGUGGUUUUUGUAUCCAUUGCAAUUGUAAAGAAAUUAGGAUAUAGAUGUUAGAAAAUGAGAUAGGAAAUGUUACUUAGUUAAUUAAGUUUCUGAUAAUAUCAUAUUUUUAGUCACUUUUGUUAAAUUAUAUAUUACAUAGUUAAUUAUGAAAAGUUUUAAUGUUAAAUGUUUUAGUCAAUAAAUAUAUAUGAUGAAUAAUUAAAUGUUGAAAAUCAUUUUUUUUUCAAUUGUUAAUUAGAA